UAUCACGUGCUCAUCUUCCCGGACACACGAUGGACUGAUCCAUGACAAUGUCUAGAGAAAGCCAGUUCCUUCCGACCAUCUGAUUCGAACAUUUUCGCCUUCCAUCUUCCAAAGGAGCAAAAAAAGAAUAGCCUGGUCUAAUCUUAUCCAAAUAAUAUGAAAAUACGGAAAAUACGGAUAAGCGUUGAUCGGAGUUCCUGGGGGUAGCAGUUCCUGGUAUCUGAACUUGGUUACAUGUAUUUCAGUCGAUGACGGUCAUGGCUUAUCCCCAACUUCGUAUCCCCCUGCUUUCUUCUCUAUGUCGUGUACAACCGGUGUUGGUCCCGUGGAUGACAAUGGCACAGUGCUCUUCUUCACCGACAGCGGGCCAGUCGCGGGUUCUACUGACUACACCACUGUAGUCAUUUUCCACGGCAGUGCCUUCACUGGCAAUACCUUCCACAAGCUCCUCCCAAUGGCUGCGGAAAACAAUCUGCGUCUCGUCAUCCUGAACAGACGUGAUUACGCCGGUUCGACGAAGUAUGCCGACGAAGAACUCGCAGAGCUGAGGGCGGGCAAGACCGAAUUUUUGCAGCGCCUCGGAUCGGAGUCGGCGUAUUUCUUAGCAUGGUACAUCCAGACCAACGAUAUUCCAAAGAUUGGCGCGGACGGCAAAUCUGGAGGGUUGGCUACUAUUGGCUGGAGUCUUGGGGCCACCACCCCGCUCGCAAUUCUUUCCCAUCCGGAGGUUAUUCCCCAAGAGACCUACGAAGCGUUGGAGCCAUAUUUCCGGCAGAUGAUAUUCUACGACCCUCCCCAUCUCGCUUUCGGAUAUGAUCAGCCACCGGAAGGAUACAACCCAUUUACUGAUCCCGAUCUCAAGACAGCCGAAGAGAUCUUUGCUAACUUUGGCUACUGGGUCAGCACUUACUACGACCACCCGGAUCUUGCGUCGCGUUCCCCAAGUGGGCUUGACUUUAGUAAACGUGGUACACAUCCGUCAACCGAGAACAUGACCCCGGAUGACAUGGCAGUUACCUUUGACGGCGAGGCUGCGGGAAGGAUGGAGUUUCCUAUGUAUUUCCCCCCGAUGCAGCCUACGAUCAGAAAUCAAACGGAAACCGCGCUGUACGACGAAGAGGCGAUAAAGAAGAUUCUUCCGAAGCUAGAGAUCGUUCAUCAGUUCUGCACGGCAACUAACUGGUACUGUGUCUGGGGAUUCUUUGGGAACGAGCGUUUUGCUCCGAAGCGACCUAUUCGCUUUAUCGGGAUCCCAGGAGCAAACCAUUUCGUACGUCGAUCUUUUCUAUUAUUCAUGUCCAUAUUGCAUUUACAUUUGUUCAGGUCCAUUGGGACGAUCUCAAAGCGUAUAUGGAGGCGACGGUGGAAGGCCUUACGACAUGAUAGUUAUUACGGUCCCUCAGUGAGCAACUUAUAUAGAUAUUGAUAUCUCAGCCCUUGUCAGUGC